UACCGACUUAUGAAUCGUUGGCCCAACAAGAACCCACCAACGGCAGGUUAGCACCAUCACGUCAGCCAGUAAUGAAAGAAUAAUAAUGAGUCCAACCACCCACAGGUUCGGGCGUUGGCUCGAGUGGAUCGAAAAGAGGGGAUUGGAAAGACACGGCGAGUCGCAGCUGGCCCGGAGACACUUCAUGAAUCGCGGGCUUGGGGACAUUGAAGCGAUGGUAUGUCGUCCUUCGCAAUGCUAGACACAGGAG